ACAGAGCCCAGUCCAGUUUUUGAUAUUAAAGCUGAAAGCAUCACUACUAAAACCCUGGAUUUAAAAUGGGAAAAUAAUGAUACAAAUGCAGUGAAUUACACUUACCGAAUACACAUUGAUAGACCUGGUCAUUUGCGCAAUAUAACUUCUAGUACCACAUAUGUGCGAGUCAUUCAGUUGGACCAUGGAACAUUAUACAGGUUUGAAAUAUAUGCACAAGUUGGUGAUAAUAAAACUGAAGGAGAUCCAAAAGGAACAGAAGUUUAUACAAAGCCUAGCUCAGUCUACAACAUCAGAGUUAUAGAUGUCAGUACAACUAUGGUCAAGAUAUCAUGGAAAAGUCCUGAUGCGGCUGCUUCUACGUACUCUUAUAGGAUACUCAUCAAUGGAGAAUCUGAAAAAAUAUCUCCAACUCCCAGCACUGACAUUUCAGGGCUAAAUCCUGGUACUAACUAUAACUUCAGCAUACGUUCCAUAGCAGCAGAUCACAAGACUGAAGGAACACCCGAGAGCAUAAAUAAUUGUACAAAUGCAGCAUCAGUGGAUAAAUUGGACUGCAAUCCAGUAGUGAAACAGCCAGAAUUAUUUCUAAACUGGAGUGGUCCAACAGGAGGUUAUGAAGGCUUCAAUAUUGAAGUCCUAGAUCAUUGGAACAAGACCUUGGAGAAAAAAUAUCAAACCACAGUGACAGAUCUGGCUUACUUUACCAAUUAUACCAUUAGAAUUUUCACCCUUUCAUGUGGGAAAAGGAGCAUUCCUCAGGAACAAACAUGCCUCACAAGUAUUACUAAUCCCCCACCUUUGCACGAGUCCCCUGCUGUCAUGGCAACCAGCCACAAUUCUUUAAAUGUUCGGUUCAGUAGUUUUAGUUCAAGUCAUGGACCUAUAAAAGCAUAUGCAGUAAUAAUUACCACAGCAGAAGGUACAAUCUCAAAUGAGUCUUUAAAGUACACAUAUAAUGACUUCAGCAGUAAAAAAACAGGAAGUUAUGUUGCAUAUGUCAAAACUGAACAGAAACGUUCAUCUUUCUCCACCAACAAUCAGGACUAUGAGGUUGAAAUAGGAAAUGGAUCUACCACAUACGGUUAUUUUAAUGGAAAAUUAGAUCCUCUUAGUUCAUACAGGGCAUGUGUUGCUGCUUUCACUCAUAUUGUAUUUUUGAAUGAGACCAUUGUCAACAUAGAGAAGAGUUAUGUCUCAUUUUCACCUCUUUCACCAUCUGUUGUCUUACCUCAGAAUCCAGGUGUCAUUACAGGAGCUGUUGUUGGGUGCGUUCUGGUUCUGGUAGUGAUUGUUGCAGUAGUGGCAUUCAUCUUCUGGAAAAAGAAAAGGAAAGGUAGAAAUAACGAAGUGCCAUUUACACAAAUUGAACCUAAAAAAUCAAAGUUACUUAAAGUUGACCAUUAUGAGUCUUAUUUUAAGAAACAGAGAGCUGACUCAAACUGUGGUUUUGCUGAAGAGUAUGAGAUUCUCAGGUUAGUUGGUGCUAAUCAGCCUAAAUUUGCUGCUGAAUUGCCAGAAAACAAAGGAAAAAACAGAUAUAAUAAUGUUUUGCCUUAUGAUAUUUCUCGCGUUAAACUUUCAAUUCAAAAUCAUCCAACUAAUGAUUAUAUUAAUGCAAAUUAUAUACCUGGGUAUAACUCCAAGAAAGAGUUCAUUGCUGCACAAGGCCCUUUGCCUAACACUGUGCAAGAUUUCUGGCGCAUGAUCUGGGAGAAGAAGAUUUACACAGUUGUUAUGUUGACUAAAUGCAUUGAACAAGGCCGGACAAAAUGUGAAGAGUAUUGGCCGAACAAACAGUCCAUGAAAUAUGGGGAUAUAACAGUGGCCAUGACUUCAGAAAUUGUCCUUCCAGAGUGGACAAUAAGAGAUUUCUCCAUGGAACAAAGUGAUUCACCGGAAAGUCAUCCUGUGCGUCAGUUUCACUUCACUGCCUGGCCUGAUCACGGGGUUCCAGAAACCACUGACCUCCUCAUCAGCUUCAGGCACUUGGUUCACGAAUACAUGACGCAGAAGCCACCAUCUUCUCCAGCCUUAGUUCACUGCAGUGCUGGUGUUGGGAGGACGGGAACCUUCAUUGCAAUUGACCGUUUGAUCCAACAAAUGGAGAUGGAGAACACAGUUGAUGUGUAUGGCGUUGUAUAUGAUCUACGAAUGCAUCGCUCUUUAAUGGUACAAACAGAGGAUCAGUAUGUCUUCCUAAACAACUGUGUUAUGGACAUUAUUAAAUCUCAGAAAGAGAAGAAAGUGGAUCUCAUCUAUCAGAACACAAAUGCCAUGGCAAUCUAUGAGAACUUCACGCCUUCAUCAUAUAUUGGGAGGGCAAAUGGCUACCAUGUAUAACUACAAAGGAAUGACAUGCUUCCCAUUUAGGCCUUUUUCAGAAGAGAAGGAAUACGCACUGCUUUUGUAUGACUUUAUACACAAAGAUUUCAGAACUUGCUUUGAAGAUGCACAUGUGAAAUUGCCAGUGGAAACUGUGGUUUCGAUAUAGUGUUAAAAAAAAAAAUCUAUACUGUACUUUGCAGAGAAUUUUUGCAUUGAGGGUUGAUAAAGCAAAAUAUUGUGAAAUUAAUGUUGGCUGAAUAAUAAGAUCCCUUUUUAAAACUUCAGAAGAGUGAAAAACACAGACACUUUUAGAUUAUUUUUUUAAAAUGUUCAUGUUCAGAUUUCAUAGGAUACUGAUUCUGUUGUUCCUGUUCCAGAAAUAUUAAUGAUGCAUAUUGGUCACAUUUAAGUUCAACAGUGACUGCUCAAAUUCUUUUAUUUAAGAUGGGAACACAUAUACCUUUUAUAAAUAGGAUAUUUUAUUAUGUAAUUGUGCCUUUCUAUUUUGCUAAAGACAAAAUAAUCAGAGAUCUAUAUUUUUGUAUUGAAAUUCUCAGAUGAAAUCUAACAUUUGAAUAUGAUUAUUGUCAAUUUCUUAUCUGGAAUACUUAUGCUUAUUCCUUCCUUAUGGAAGUAGCAACCAUUCAUUUAUAUGAUGCUUUAUUCUGCAGAAGCUUUACUGCAGAAUUAAUUUACUUGAUCAUGUGAACACAAUAGCUAUCAUGUCAUAUUUUGGUUUUAUAAGAAAGACAAGGCUUUCUUAUAUCGGUAAAGUAAAAUUCAUCCAGUUUUAUUUUCAUGUUUUGAAAAUAUUUUCCACUUUCCUAAAUUUUUUUAUGUGUGUUGCAGACAUAUUCAUAUUAUUUCUAUGCCCUUUGAAGACCCUGGCUGAUCUAUUUCUCUGCACCAUUUUCUUCUUUGACCCCAGUCUUACUUUCCCUUAUUACCUUUUCAUUGGAGUGUGUAUAAUGACCAGAGAUUUCAUCUGAUGUCAUAAUUUGGAUGCUUAGCAAUUCUUGUGAAUUGCUAUUGUUGAUCAUAUUCGACAACAGUAAGGACAAUGUGAAAGAAAAUGGUGAUGAGAAAUAGCAGCUGCUUAUGAAACAAAAGGAAGUCAAGCUCUGACUUUGUGGAAUAUGCUAAUUUCAAAGUAAAUAUCAGAAUAAGGUAUAUCCAAAGUACCCAUCAAUACUUGUGACCACAGGUUUAACUAUUAGGGGUGUGCAACUAAUAAUACAAAGAUGGGAGGAGGGUGAGUUGAUUGACAACUCUAACUUCCUAUCAAAUUUAAUGGUUUUAUCAAGGUUUUCAAAUCAUAGUUCUUCAGGACAAGUUUUUUUAAAUAAUAUGUAUCUGCAGUGAUCAGUGCUUUAGUAGUUUUCCACCCAGAAGCAGGUAUAUUAAAGGUGGAAUUUAUGGGACCUGGGAAUAUCAUAACAAUGGCUUCCUGCUUGACCAUGGUAGUUCAAGUGUCUCAGUCAUGGCAUCCUUCCUAUGCAUUAUCUAUCCCAGUCCUCUGGUGUCUAAAUAUGGUAUUUAAUGCUGAUUAGACAGGAAAAAAGGAAAUUUAUUUCAUUUAGCAAUUUGCGAAACCCUUCUGUAUAUGUUCCUUUCAUAGGUUGAUCUGUAUAGUUUCACUAUUUUAAUAAAAAUCCCAUCCAACUUAAAACUGUAGAAACCCCCACUCCAGAAAAAUGGACUUACUCUUCUAGAACAACGCAAGCUUCUUAGUUAGAAUCUUCUCUGUGUUAUAUGUUACUUUAAUAGCAAAAGUCCAAAUAAACAAAUGGGGGAUUAGUGCCUUCUUUUCUGGCAACCUGUUAGACAACUGUUGCACAAAAUCUUUUCAACCUAUUCAUAUGAAACUGAACAAACAUAAAAAGUUAGAUGGGCUUACUAGCUGAACAAGUGUUACUCAGAUCUUCCAAAAAACUUUUAAUGGCAUUUUUUUCUAUUUUAAAAACAAUGUUUCAAUAUGCCCAGCACAACCCCCUUAUACUUAUUGACUUAAAUUUAGGAGGCUUAAUUCCUUUGUCAUGGGAGGGAUAGUCUACAUUCAGAGGCUACACAUAGCCCCCAUCUCUUCACUGUUACACUGCUUACUUUCGGUAACAAAAUGGCCAUUUUUCAGCAUCACUUGCUGAAACAAAUGGAAGUAGGCCCACUCCCACUUUAUCUCUUGAGACCUUUGCAAAAGCUCUGAAAUUUGGUCCCUUUGCUACCAGAUUUCAUUGGUGUCAUUUGGGGGCAUUUGGGGAGAAUUUGAGAAGAUUCCAGUUAUGGGAAUAGAGUUGUUUGCCUUACCCACUCAUUUCUACAUUCCCAAAAGGGGCCAAAUUUGUAUUCCAUCCUUCCCUUGCAGCCCCUUGCUGCAGGCUAGGAAAGUUGUCCACCUCUGUCUUACAAGAACCUACCAUUCCUGCAAUUUCCAUGAAGUUAUGUUAGAAAGACAAAAGAUUCUAAACAGAACUUGAUUUCCAGUUGCACUCAGUGGAGACACUGAGAUUUGCAUAAUUAAAUUUCAUAUUCAGGUCCCAAACUGAACCAGCCAGAGUUGGAUUUGACUUUUUCUGAAUUGGAGCCCAAAUUAAAUCUUACACUACCUACAUAAAAACUUGUUAUUGUGUUGCAAACUGAAUACUGUAGUGAUAAACACAUUUGUGAUUUCCCAUUAAGUCCAGUAUUAUCACACACACCCUUCAAGUAUUCUCAGGUUUCCAAAUACCUAUAGAAGAGUAAUACUUGGUUCACAAUAUGCAAAACAACUACAGAAUUGCCCCAUUGUUCAUUUUGAGUGCCCAUUGCAGAGUGAACAGUUUAUCCAAGUUGUAAGAUUAUUAGUUGUCACUUCAGGACUGACCACAAGUGGCAUUCUUAGGGAAAGAGAAAAGCUAUGUAGCUUUAACUAUGGUUUGCAUAUGACUAUUCUUAUAGUGUGUGGUAUUGGUGGGGUGGGUACCCCUCCUGUCCUGGCUAUAUUUUUGUGUUCUUUUCUGUGAUGAAGAUUUAUUUAAAAGUGCAAUAUUUGAUUUAUUGAAUGAAUGAUUGCCUCUAUUUGAAUAGAGUUUACUCAGGUUCAAUAUUUUUCCUGUUUGUUCUGUGGUUCAUGUUCUUGUGCAUAUAAUUUUCUGAAGCCUGAAGAACUCCUAUGGUAGAGUAAUCAUAUUUACUCUAUUUCUUUCAAACUAAAAAUACAAAGAUCUACUGAAACUCUCAGCUGCAGAAUAUUUUAUGCAGUGAAAUACAUACACACACACUCACACAUAUGUUGUGUAUAAAUAUAUAUAAUUGCUCUGUUUUUGUAUUAUGCUGCUGUAGUUUGUAAUGGAUACGAUUAAUGAAAAAUGAAGGAUUCUGUAUUAAAUUAAUUUUGUUGGUACACUGAUUUUAAAAUUAUGAAGGCAUUUUUAAUGAAGGACAUGGUUUGUGAAAGGGAAUCAUAUAUUUCUUUUAGUCAAUGCGCUGGCAGCAUUAGAAACUGGUAUGAUAUUUUGAGUGUAUUAUAGAGCUAUGAUGUAUUUUAGUAUUGUAGGUUUUACUCAGCUUUCUUCAGCGCAAACUCCCAUUGCAUUAAGCUUGUGAGCAAAACUGCUCACAUCAUUAAACUUUAAGAUUUGGGGAAAUUCCAGUGUCAUGAAGUUUGGAAACAGAUUGCUGUAUAGAAAUGUUUUCCUAGUCUAUUCUGCUUCUACAGUACAGAAGUCCAUCUUCGGUGGCUUAUUUUACUCUGCUCCUUCAGUAAAAUGGCACUGGAUUUUGGUGUGUUUGUCCGAAUGCGUUCUACUUGCCUUGUUUAGUUGAAUAACUUUGUCCUUCUAUCUUCCUCAUUACUUUGUAUACAAAGUAUAUAAAUUACCAGUACAUGGAAGUUAAAUAGGAAGCAGGCCACCUCUUAAUGUAACUUUAAGCUUGUGAAAGCCCAUACAGAUUGAUUUAUAAAGACAAGGUUCCUUUUGAUGAAAGCUGGUGCGUAGGAAAAAAGCUUUGCAGACAAUGUAACUGAGAAAAGAAACUGCUCAGGGAUAACAAAAUGCUAAUCACAUAAUAACAGAUUAGAGCAGCCUUCAUGGGUUUUGAGGUAAUUCCAGUUAUCAUAGAAAAAACUUCAGGGCCAUUAGAUCUGGGCUGCAAAAUCCAGGAUGACCGCUGUGAAAAGAUGCAGAAAACUGUCUUUGCUGCUGUCUAGUGGUUGUCUGGAUCUUUGCAACCCAGGUCUGGUAACCACACAUCAUUUCCCUUAUGAACACACCAAAAAUUGAAAUAUUGGUUGCUAUAAAAUGACCACCCAGCUAUCCACAAACAAUUGCUGGGUCAGAAAGUUACCAGAGUUUAUGCCUCUUUCGUACUAAAAGAAAUGGUAUCUUUUUAUAGGAAAGCAAGAGUUGAAAGAUGUGCUUACAAUUUAUGCUGAUAGACACAAUAAAAGUUAAUAACUUAAUGAAAGUUUUAGGGCUCAGGAUCAGAGGUGAGCAGCAGGCGGAGUGAUCUCAAACUGUGUUGUAAAAAGCUCUAAAAUCAAGGCAAGGCCAAAGGAAGGAAGAGUGUCAGUUCUGUUUCACCUUCUGUAACUGGGGUUUGCAUUAUUGUUCAACUUCCAUUGAAACCUGAGGCUAGAGGUGGGUGGCAGGACAGAACAGAGUUCUUGGAAAUUUUAUUUCCAAAGUGUGAGCCCUUUCUUAAACCUCAGAGAGUCUAACCAGUCUUACUUUGGCAUUUUCGGCCAGGUAGUCUAAAUUUCAUAUAUAAAUUCAAAUAAUUGUAGGGACUAGGAGUUGAACAAAGAUAAUUGGGGAUUGCAGAGAGAGUACUGUAAGUUUUUUCCUAAUUUCUUUCUCUGCUUCUUUCAAAUUAAUCAUUUUCUGUUCAUUCUCAACACACCAGGGAGAUGCUAACAACUGUUUCCAGGUUGCAGCAAGUAUGUUCUAGGUUGCAACAAAUAGAAAACAGUGAUAUGCAGAACCAAGUGUCACGGCAGAGCCAGAGUUAGGAGGAUCAAAAGAGGGCACCUGAAUAAUGUUCCAUUUUACUAAUUGGAGACAAUUUUCAUAGCCAGUUUCAAAAUGAGAAAAAUGUGUCUUAGUUGGUUCUAUAGCUGCCCAGUUUUAAAUAGCCAUAUGAUAGGAAUAAAACCAAAUGGUCUGAGAUAUUAAAGUACUUCUGUUACUGACUGGCCUGGCCCUUUAGGCAGCAAUAAAGGAUGCCUAAUUAACAAUUUGUUGCUUUCAAGCUGCUUAGAGUCUAGUGCUUGAGGGGGCAUAUAAACAUUUGUAAGAACUCAUUCAUUCAUGCUAUUGCUGCAUCAGAAUGGGGGUAGCAUCACUUUUUCUCAGGCACCAAACCUGAUCCUCUCCUAUCUCAGUUUGCUCAGUUAGAAAUCUAAUUAAAGUGGCUUGAAUAGGCAUAGUUUUUCACUGGUUCGCUUGUUAAGGACUUCCUUUUGAUUUAGGCUUUGAAAUGAUCCAGUGCACCUCAGAGCACUUUGUCACUCAGAGUGUACAAAUCAUCUGUUCUCUUUGCCUUAAAGCUCAGAGGAAGCAUCUGAGUUUCCUUGAUUCAAAGAAAGAAGAGAGCUGUGCCUGCAGCUGGGGCUCCUGGCUGUUUUUGCCACGCUGGUUCCCUCUGCCAAAGAGAGAUGCCGCUGCUAUGCCCAGUUCAUGGCUGAUCUCUUAGGAGAAUGGCAACAUCAAGCAACAGCUCAUCCGUCCCCUGUCUUUGAAUGCUUGCCAAUAGUUUAAACUGGAUUUUCCCCCUACCCAAAGCCUAAUUUUAAAAGGGAAUGUUCUUAGUUCAUUAAGUGUUGCUGUUAUGACUGUGUGUUCAGGUAACGGUAAAAUUUCAGUGUUUCCUCCAUUGUACAGUUGUUUGCAGUAUAUUGUCUUUUAUUUUAAUGAAUUGUCUUUUCAAUGAUGUAAAAAGUAACUCAAUAAAAUAUUGACAUCAAGCUUUAA